AAGAACGGUUACUGAGAUGGAAUCUAGAAUACCCACUGAGCAAGAUAUCAAGAGGAGGAUGCAGUUACCAAUCAAGUACACAAGUACCGGAGACCUGAGGAUCAUAGCAGAGCAGAUAAUGACUCGGGCAAGAUCUGCUCCAGCAGUAGAGAAGGACUCCAUUCUUGUACCCAGGACAAAUAUAAACAUGUGGGGAAAAAAUCGUCCUUAUUCCAAAGCAAAUUUAAUGAAUAAAUUCUGCGGAUAUGAGCCAGUUAUCAACAGGGGGAGAGAUGAGAGAUGCAUGUCAGAUUAUCUUCAAGUCUCUGAGAGAGGUGGUAUGCAGAACCCUCAAUUGGAGACUCUUCAUAAUCUACUCCCAGCUGGUGCUCCACUAUUAGAUUUCCUCAGCUGCACCAUGGAAAGACCUGAUGAUUGGAACCUACCAGGUAGAGCAGAGGUUGAUUUCUGGUCCUACAAUAGAGGUAUAACCAAGGAGAUUCUAAAUCAAGUUGAGGUUCGGGAGAUCGUUGUAGGUUUGUCCACAGAUGAAGAAAUUGAGGAGAUCACAUCUUGGUUUUGGGAUAAAUAUGCCAUUGACCAGAAGAUCCUCCCAACCAAUGUUGUGAGCAUGGACGUGGAAGAAAUCAAAGUUACCUUAUAUGAUACUCUCCGCAUUGCAGGACGGAUACCUUUCAAGAAAGGACAAUUGAUGUCAAGGAAGGAAGAACCACAGAUCCAUGGACAGCCUGAGGAUAGAUUGCAGCAGUUACCUGUAAAAGUGAUGAUUGGUAAUGGUCUUAACCACGCCCUUAUGGUUAGCCUGGAUUUGUUCCGGGAUUCCAAAGGGCGUUAUGUAUUAAAUAAGAUUAAAGCUCCGGAUUCAGUUAUUAAGUUUUUCUCCCUACUACCUAUCUGUACUGGAGUGGCCGUUAAACAUGAUGUUGAAGGAGUACUCAAGUUCUACAGCCUGAUUACUGAUCUAGACGUCACAAUGAAGGGUUUUAUUGAAGUUUCUUCUAUUGCUCUAGUAGCUGGGUAUGCACUGCAGGCAAGAAAUAUGAAUGCUCUAGCCAUGCAAGUUCUUGGUAUAGUGAUGAAUAAAAUGUGUUCGACCGCGGAUAAUCUCUGGGGACUUAGAUGGUCUGAUAUACCUGACUCCCUGAAGGUUUACGCAAUCGGUGACUUAAAGGUUGGUCAUCUUGCAUAUUCAAUCAUUUCUUCCAUCAUCAUGAGGGAUUAUAUUCCGGAUCCUGAGAUAUUCAUGUUUUACACAGGCAAGUUUGACCAAUGGCUGACUGCAAACUGGUUUUUAAACCUUCUGGCUACCACCCUGGAGGGUACUGAGAUUCAUGAUAAGUCCUUCAAAUAUGCAGUCUCCAGGUCAGAUCUAGUCAAGUGUUUGAGGUUUAGAUAUUCUGAAGAUUCAGCUCUCAUGGACGAAUCCCCUAUCAGAGUUCUCAUGUGGGACAAGACUCGUGGAGAAUGGCCAUCCCUAACGAAAGGAGGUUGUAGGUAUCUCCACCAAUGCAGAUCAUGGUUUGUUGAGAUGGCAAGAAUCUGGACCAGACAAGGUUUGAGAUGGGAUGAUGGUAUAAAGAUGCCAUCAGUGACCGGGGAGAUUAUGCAUCACGCCACGUUUAAAAUAUCACCUGUUCAGAUUGCUAAUUGCAACUUCAGGGAUGCAACUCACCACUCUUCUGGCCUGAACAGACCCGGAUCCUUGAAGGUAAAGAAGCUGGAGUUGGAUCCAUCAACAGUGAAGAGCUUUUCUACAGGCAAACACUGUAAGAAGGUGAACCGUGAGCAAGUUCCUGUGAUACUGGAAUGGGCCAGAGAAAAUCCUACUCUGAUUGCUGGAUUUUUGAGAAGGAUGGGCUCCGAUAUACAGUUCCAGAAGUUUUACCGGCACCUGUACGAUCCGUUGAGACACUGCUACAGAAGGAUAUUUAACUGUGAGGCGCUUACAGUCAUCUUCAUGGAAGGCGUGCUGCUCAAAACCUUGAGGUAUAAACACAAGGAGGAGGUGGAUGUCACUGCAAGGUUGGUUGAGGAGCUGAGAGUUCGCCGGAAUCGGAUAUCCUACUUAGAAGAAAUGAUUGAGAUGAACGAUGAUAGCCUAAGAGCAAGAUGGUCUGAAGAUCUCCCAUCUCUUCCUGAUUGGGUGAUUGCGAGACAGAAAAAGGUGAAAGCCCAGAAGAGACCCUGUCCUAGCUCCAACCCGGAGCAAGUGUUAAAGAAAGUGAAACUCUCCGCAGAUCCUCCUCAGGAAGUUGAGACUCUGGAGCCUGAACAGGUUCACGUGGAGUCUCAGUCCGAGGAGGAUGAAGAGGUAGUUGUAGAAAUAGAUGAGGGCGAGGUAGAAGAUGAUGCUCCUAUAAUUCCUGAGAUUAGGAGCCAGCCAACAGUCCAGGAUGAGCUAGAUGUUUCUGCUCCCAUGAAGAACAAGUGCAUUUCUCUCAAAAAGAAGGGGAAGAAAAAGAAGAAGGGUUCGUCCUCAAAAACCCUCACCUAUGAUGAGAUGAUCGAGUAUCAGAGGGUUUCAGUUUUCUCUGAUGAUGAUUUCACACUGGAGACAGAUUUUAAGGAAACCUUCUAAAGUAUUUUUUAGAUUCAAUGCUCAGCUGUCUUUAUAUAUUUAUAUACAGUUCCUAAUAAUGUUUUGUACUUUUUUUUAAUUUUUCGCCAAGCAGAAUUUAAUUAUAGAUUGCGGUUGCAUUUUUUGUGCAUCCAUAUUUUUCAUAUAUAUAUUAAUAAAGUUAAAUCAAUCCGAGAUUAAAACUAUAAAUUGCGGCUGUGAUUCUCCUGCCAUAUGUAAUAUGAUCUCCUUAGUCUCAAUAACAAUUAUUGUAAGUACAGUGGUACAAGAUUAAAAAUUUUCUGGAUCCUAUUGUUUUUGUUAUAUGUUUUGAAAAUCGUAUCCUAAUAAAUGUUGAAAUUGUUAUUAAAUAUGUUCAAUUCCUCAAACAAAAACAAUUUUUUGGGUAAAACUCCUUAUUAUUUGCACUUAGGUCUUUCGAUUAUGUUUCGAAAUAUUUCCCCCGCGGGAGUGUUACGCGUACUUUUAAGGGUUUUCGAAAAUAAACGAAAGUUACUCUUUUUUAGAAGGACUCACUGUAUCUAUCCUGUUGUAACUCUCCUAUUGGUUGGAAAUAGUUCCACCAUGAGAGCGAGUCUGCUAUUGGUCAGUUGGGACCGAGAUUUACCUGAGAAACAAAGCCCGACUCAUUCAGUAUAUAGAGCUCGAGCUGUCAACAAUAGUAAUUCAGUUCUAAGAUCGAGUCGUUUCUCAGGUUUAUCUUUUCAGAUUCUUGUAAUGGCUUGAACGGAUUAGUUUCCUUUUUAUUUUGUUCCAUCUAUCAGGAGCCAGCAUAUGUAAGUAUGACGACCUUCUAUUGAGUAUAUUUUUCGAAUUUCCCGGUUGCGCAGUAAAAGGAGUAUGCCCCGUAAUAUUUUAUAAACCACGUUAGAGUCUGAGACGUUUUGGGAUCCUCAGUUUGAUUAUUUAUAGUUAGUUAGUUUUGUCAAAGUUUAACCCUUAUAUUAUUUUUAUUAUGCAGAUUUGAUCUACAGAAACGUGUUUCCAGACAGCAAAGAAUGGUUUAAACUUUUAUAUGGUUGCAUACUUCAAGUCUGGACGCGGGAUACAAAGAACGGUUACUGAGAUGGAAUCUAGGUAAUAAAACGGAUUUCUUUUAGACUACGAGUUUUGGUUUUAUUUACCGAUUCGCGCUUAACAGCCCUGUAUAAUUAUAAUUAAUUUCCAAAUCAUUAAAUUUCAAAACUUUGCGUGAGGCCAAAACCACUUCUCUUUAUUUUUCAGAGUAUAAUUAGCUUGGUAUAUCCCUAAAAAUAUUUUUACAUAUAUAUAUAACAGAAAACUUGUUAAGUUAACUUAAAAUACAUUGUGAUGGCAUGUACGUGCUCCUCCUUUGAAAGAUGGUUAAAAACUGGCCAUGACAGGACAAAAAGAGCGCGAUUGACUGCGGGCCCUCCUUUUUUUCAUCCUUUAUAAUUUCACAUCGGAUGAAGCUGUUUGUCUUUUCAACCUCAAAACUCAUCAAACGGACUGAUAAAUUAGUUUUGAUCCGACAACGGAGUCAUGCUCCGACUCGAAGACAAUUGCGGACUAAAAAAAGACGGCUUUUUAUCAUCCGAUGACGGAGCUCCACAAAAAGACAUUUUCGGAUGAAAAAAAGAAUUCCGACAUCUGUAGAAAACAAGAAAACGGUGGAAAGUAAAAAUUAUUUUCUA